CGGGGAAGAAGGCGGGCCCUGGAAGCUCCGGGUCUCGGCUCGGCCUGGCAAAGGCAGACGCGGGUUACUAGGCGACGGCGACAAAGAAGGCAGGGCCGCAAAAAACGCCCAAGGCCAGGUCGGACUUUCUCCUCAUUUGCUUCUCGUCUCAUCGUCUUUUAUAUUCUCUCUCUCUCCGCCCCCCCCCCACAACCUCCGCCCCUCUCAUUAUCACCGCGGUUAUAGCGGCUGUUCUCACAAGCGUGUCAAGGACUUGCAAAAGCGAAGUGGCUUCAAGUCACGGAAUUCGGAUUUAAGAUCCGGGUUGGUCCAAAUAAAGAGGCGGCGGCGUUCUGUUCCUUUCUGAAUCGUGUCACGGUCGAAUAGUUUGCCGCUUUUGGGGGGUAAACUGAGAGUGCGUGAAUUUUCUUGUAUUCUCAGGUAAUAUGUUUUUUUUUGGGGGGGGGUGGCUGGGAAGCUAUUCCUCUGCAGAGAUGAAGAAAAGGCUUUUUCUGCUGGUGCCUAGAUGCACUUAUGCAAAUCACAGCCCAAGCCCUGACUUCGACAUUGGGUUUUGGAGCUCCAUCUGGCAAAGUUUAAAGACCUGUUGUUGUUGUCGUUAUUAUCAGGGCUUUUCCCCCCAGAGGGAACUCACAGGAACUCCGUUCCGGCGCCUCUCAGGUGAGCGCCAUUGCUAUCCUAAGAGAAGAAGAAAGGAAGUGUUCCUGGUGAGCUCCUGCACCUCUUUUUCUAUUAAAAAAAAAUAGCACUGGUGGUAAUUAAUUAAUUACAUUUAUGUACCGCCGCUCAUCACAAGAUAUUAGGGCACUUCACAUGAUUCCCCCCCAAAAAGUACCAUAAAAUGUUGCGACAUCUUUCAUUAUGGUAGGAGCUGGUUCACUGGGGUUUGGUUACAGGUUUUGAUCAGGCGUAUUUACUUCCUGUGCAUGGCAAGGAAACUGUAGAGAAGUGGUAACUAGAUGUACCUUACUCUAGGGCAAGGAUGUCCAACUCCCAAUAGACUGUGAUCUACUCACAAUAUAAAAACACUGGCAGUGAUCUACCCAUUGUCGUUGGAUGGACCAAAGUUCUUGAGCUUUUUUAGGAAGCCUGAGUUGUUGAGGGGUUUUUUUUGGGGGGGGGGAGAAGGUGAUCACUGAGGGGCCAGAGAUCUACCAGGAUAUACCAGGAACACCCCGCGAUCUACCAGAUCUACCUGUUGGACAUGCCUGCUCUAGGGUUACAAUUUGCUUCCAAUCCUUGAAUCAGAUGAUUCAGUAUGUCAUCCUCCCAAACCACGCAUUGCUUGUCAACUGCACACACUGAUUUAGGGGCUGGUCUGCAUGGUAGAAUAAGGAAUUGUCUGUGCAGUUGACAGUGUCUCGUCUGAUUUAAGCCCUGUUCCCUGUCUUUCCCACCCCUGGUGUCCUGUGUGUUGACUUCCUGUGUACAUGAAACUCGUGCAGUCAUGCAUGUCUAACUUGUACACUGGAGCCUGGAGUUGGGAUAGAAGGCUUGAUCCCACUUCCACCUUAGUUGCAUUGAGUCUAAGGCAGAUUUUUAACAUCUACACAGAGAAUUUUGACUGCAGUGGUGUGCUUACUUGUGUGCUUACAGUUGUGUGCUUACUUAGGUGGAAAUAAAUCACAUAGAAUUAUGGGGCUUACUUCUGAGUAAACAUGGAUUGGUCUGUAAGGGCCUUUUGAAAGAAUGUGGCUUCACAUGGGUGUAGUCAAGGCGUGGGACAGCUGCCCCCCAAAUCAAUAAAAAUACAUAGCAAACUGAGGUCCUGCCCCCCCAACAAAAGGCCUGCUCCACUAACAAAAGCCCUGCCCCCUAACAAUAUCCUGGCUACGCCCAUGGCUUUUGCAGAGGGAGUGUUCUGCUGAGAAUAAUCCAAACACUGUUUCUCUUCAGGACUUCUGUAAUAUAGUAUCACACAAAUGAGUUGUGUUAGCAGGGAAAACUUCAUCCUUCAGUAAGUAUUGGGAGAGUUCUUCUUAGGCAGCCAGUUUUCCACAAUAAUGAAAGCAGAUUUUGGCAGCGUUUACCCAUAAAAUUUAAUGUAUUAAAACUAGGAUACAGCUAUUAUGCCUAUUACCUUGUUCUUCUGUUCAUCACAUCACCUAGUCUUCUCCUCUGUGUGCACUGAGGGCUAAUUAGCAUCUUGCUCCUGGUCAUCAAUUUUGACUUUGGAGUCUAGGAAAUGGUCAUUCAGAGUGAAUAUUUUUGCAGUAUACUUCAAUCCCAAGUAUUUUAAUUGAACUUAUUUACAAAUAUACCAGUAAGCAUUUAUGGAAUGUUUACUCUGUUUGGAAGUAGGCACUUAGUAAGCAGUGUUUGAGAAAAGGACAUAGUAUGUGGAAGGUGUUGUUCAGUAUUCCUCUGUGUAAAAAAACAUUGCCUGAUACUGUAAUGCCACAAGUGUGGACAGGUGUGGGAACUGGCAAAGUCUUCCUUUGUUGGAACUGGACGUGCUGCAUCUAGUACAUUCAGGUCCCAGGAAGAAUAUCAUUUGGACAUGCUCUAACUCCCAAGUACAUUCAAUUUAAAUUGAGGCCGGCUUCUGGAAGUGUAUGGUGUGUUCCAGUCUGGCUGCAGUGGCACAGAAGUACAAUUGGAAAGGGCAGUUAUUUUAAAUAAAUAAUGGGGGGAAAUGUAGGUGUGAGAUUUUAAUGCCAUCUAUCCUAUGUUGAAAUAACAGAAAUUAGAAUUUGAAAAUUCAGUCAAAUUGUCUACAGCCACCAACAGUAGACGCUACAAAAUUGUUCCCUAGUCUAUAUUUCUGUAGUGCACUAUCAGUGAAGUUUAUAUUUUAAUAACCUUAGCAAGAGAGCUUCCCUCUACUAAAUAACUCUUGCAUGCUGUACGUUGAGUAACAUAUUGGAAACAUCUCUGUGCUGCACAGCUGCCCAAAUAAGAAAUGGCUAAGUAAUGAGAGAACUGAGGUGCAUAAACAAGUGUUCAUAUUUGAUAAAACUGGUUACUGGAAAAUUAACAUUUAUUCUCUUUUCCCUCAUUGGCUAGAACUCGCUUUCCUUUGUGUGUGCUAACACUGGUGCUUAAUUAUUAUAGUGACACCCGUUUGCAGUAACUGGACUGUGUCCCUGUUGGGUCCUUCUUAUGCCACUGUAAUAUGAAACUGUCAGGCAAGGCGGUCUGUGCAUUAUAAAUAGGGUACUUCAUCCAUGAUAAGCGAUUAUUAUCUUUCUUUCCCAAGUGUAAAAGGCCUAUAUAACUCAAGAAGGUGCGAGUGAUUUAGGCCUCCUGAGUAAGGCUCCAAUGAGUCCUGAAGGGGACCCUACCUAUGUUGUUGUCUUGUUAUUGAACUUGAAAUAUUCAAUUUAUUAUAGUGGAAUAUAUUUUCAGAAGUCAGCACUGGAUAAAAUAAUGUUGCAGGCUGUUAGACCAACAGUAGCACACGAUUUAAUGCCCCUCUGUGAUGGCCUUCUAAAAACCCUCAUCACCUUUGUUAUAGAAGAAAAUUACUAUUGACAUUUACUAACCAUAUGUGAGGAAAGGCUGUGCAGAAUUAUAUCAAUUAUUUAAAAAGAAAAUGCAUUUAUGUGGUCCUUUUAUUCUAUACAAUUUUCUUCUGUUGCGCUAUUAGGUUCUUCAUCCAGGCAGCUACUGCAUGUGAUGGGCUGCCCAAUUCACAAACCCAUUAGGUUAGAACACUUGCAUUUAAAUCCACUUGGCCCUUUUGAAAUAAACUGCCCCAAAGACAAUCAGACUGCCACCCUCAUGCCUAUAACCCAUUUAUUUGGAAGAAAGUAAUAUUAUUAAUUUCAGUGGCCCUUACUUUCAUAUAAGCAUGCAUAAAAUUGCAGCCUAAUCAGUCAGCUGUACAUCGAAUCAGGUGCUACAUUUCCCCAGCUUCUGAAAUCACAGCUUUUCUAAUCUAAAUAAUCCCCCCACAAAGAUGCUAUCAGUCUCAUGGAGGAAAUAAAACAGGUACCUGAACUAGAUGGCCCAUCGGCCUGACUCAGUGUGUGGCAGCAUCAUAUAUUUUAUUCUGUUGCUCUUUUUUUGGUGAGCCUCCUAUCUCACCUGAAUCCUGAUUAACCUACCCUUUGCCUGUUUGUUCCAGAUUUCUUCUGGCCUACCUAAACACUCUUACUGUGUUCCAGUCUGAUUGUCCUCCUUUAUUCAGGUGAAUUCCUGAUUUACACAGCUGACCUGGAGAAGAGUCCUGUUAGAAUCUUGAAUGUAAAGGUUAAUGAAGUAGUUUCUACCCAUUCCCUCUCAAGAUCUUUACACUUCUGCUGUUGCACACCUUUAUAUUUAAACCUUGGAUUUUCAGAUCAUGCUUAGGAGAAUCCUUGAGCUUCCUUUGAGGUAAUCUGGUUUCCUUGGUGAAAAAAAUGGCAGUGGUGAACAAGCUUCCUAGAAUAGAUAUUUCCCUGCAACAAAGAGCCACAAGGAAGUGUUGAGUGUGUUUAGGGUACAGUGCAUGGGGAAUAGUAAGGUAAACUAGUGCAUUGUGUUAGCUGAGCUUAUUCUAGAACAUGCCCCAGAAUCACUUGGAAUGCAGGGAGCUUCAUGGUGGAUGUUCAGGGCUUGUUUGACAGAUGAGUUGCUGUGGAAAAUGGUACCUUGAAGGUCGAAGGUUUGGAAACCACUACCUUAUAAACCACCAGUUUUAGAUCAGCUUAAGGUGGAAAUGUUGCCUUUGCUAGGGACAGAAAUUCCCAUACAUUUCAUCAAAGCCAGGAUUUGUGUUUAAUCAAAUCCAUUUCAAUAGAAUGAGAAGCCUAUUCACAUGGCAAUCCAGCACAUGUUGGCUGCUCGCCCACGGGCAGCUGGUCAAGUGCACCUGCCAGCCACAUGCAGGAUUCAUCUUUCAACGCACAUUGGUAGAUACUGGGGAAAUGGCAUUUUCAGUGGUAUGCCAAAAGCUGAUUCUGGUGUGAGGCAGCAGAUGCACACAACUCAGGGAGCUUGCAAGUACAAGAAUUUUGGGUGUUUUUCCUGCACCUACUAUGCACUCAUGCCAGGCAUGAGAUGGAUUUUAAAAAGAUAAGGUAAAAAAAUACUUUGUUGCAGAGCAAGUCUUAGCCAUUAUGGGAUGUCCUGCCGUAAUAAUCCCCCCCUUCAUGCCUCAUUCUCCACUGCAUCUAUAUUGUGCUACAGUGUAAUGUGUAAACUUUUAUGUAAUAAUGAGAAUGUUCCAGCUGUUUCAGAGGAACUCUGGGUUUUCUAAAAUAGCUGCUCCCUGGGAUCUCCUUGAGCCACCCCCACUCCAGCAAGAGAGCUGGGUAGAGAACACCCAUUCCUCUGGAGAGUUCUAAGAGUUGGGUGCCAAUGAUAGUUUCCACAAAAUUUGCAGCAGCUGUAGCGGUUGCAGGAAAACCUCAGGGACUGGGGAAAGGGGGCUUUGAAAAACAACUCCACUCCACAGACCACCCUUCAAUGCCACAGCUUUUGAUAGAAACAGAACAAGGAGUCAUACGAUACCAUUUCGUAGAUUAGACAGUGUGUGGUAUGCUGGGUCUAUCAUUGUGAGGGCAAUAUGAGACACCUGCAAAUCUGAUUUUAUUAUUGUGAAUGGCUUUGAAAAUGAUGGCUAUCAAAGGUAUAUAAAUAUUCUAAAAAGAAAUGCAAACAUAUACGUCAAAGCAUAUUUGCAGACUAUUCCCAUUUUUGCAGAAGCAGAAGCUCACAGCAAAGUCCAGUAAACACCCCCUCCCACCUGAGAGGGAUGGACAGAUGGUGAUGUGAUACUGAAAUAUGCAAAUAAAAGAAAUAGGCUCUAGAUAUGUUUGCAUUAUUCACAGGAUGGCUGGCAGUCAGGAGAGCAAUGCAUCCCUCUUCAGUGAUCAGACCCCAUCCCAGGAAAGUUCUCAAGCAAAAAGAUCCCAGAAUUAUGAAGAGGAGACAUUUUAUAAGAACUGCAGAGCAGCUUAUUUAGCUGUCUUCAAAAGCAGCUUAGAAAACAUUAAAUCAAAAGAACAACUGUGUUUGGGUGAGUAUAUUUUUUUAAGUUGUGAUCAGUUUGGGAGAAAUCUUGAAUUCUAGCAGUAGAUAAUAUAUCUGAGUGCUUAUCGUAUCUUGCACAUGUUAACUGUUUUAAUGGAUCUAAGAAACCUUGAUACAAUUCAUGUGCCAUAUUUCUCUAUAAUCAAACCACUGUUGGGUGGACACUCACUGAAGUGCAUCAGGAAGAACCCCAGGUGUCUUACCCUUGCUGCACACUAGGGGGGACACACUAGGGAGGCCCAAGGAAAGAAAAUCAGGCCAAGCAUCUUACUGUGAUCAAAAUAGUGUCUGUACCUAACUCUCUUCUCCCUAUGAAAGGUGAGGAGAAGUAAGUUUAUUUCCACUGAGUGACAAAAAUAAUAGCCACUUUGCAUAUUGUUUUUGAUGGAUACACAGAAAGGACACAACCCUACUCAUUCUGCAUGCAUAGAUUAAUAGCUAUGCUAUAUAAAUCAGUAUAAUUUUAUUGUUCAUGGGAAAAGUUGCAAAUUAAUUUUAAACCAAGACAUCAGUUUCUUUUUUAAAAAAAAAUCAUUCCAGCAUGAUCUAGAAUAAUAGAAUUGUAGAGUUGGAAGGGUUCAUGGGGGUCGUCUUGUCCAACCCACUGCAAUGCAGGAAUCUUUUGCUCAGUGUGGGGCUCGGAAGGUUUUCAAAUUUCUCCAGAAAGUUAAUAAUCAUAGAGACAGGCACACCUUACUAGGCAGGGCAUUCCACAACUGAGGGACCACCAAUGAAAAGUCCCUGCAACAGCUCAGUGCCAACCAGGUAGUUCCCAGUGGUGGCACCAACAGCGAGGCCUUGCUUGCCAAUCAUAGUCUGAUAUGGUUGGUAUUGGGGAAGAUGCUCUUUUCAGUACUCGGGCCUGAAGCCAUUUAGCGCUUUAUAUGGUAGUACUAAUGCCUUGAAUUGAGCCCAGUAACUCCCAGGUAGUCAGUGCAGUCCUUUCAGGACUGGGGUCCCAUUGGACUGCCCCAUUUAUCUACCUAGCUGCCACAUUCUGUACUAGAUGCAGCUUCUGGACCAUCUUCAAGGACAGCCACACAUAGAGCACAUUACAGUGGUCCCAGCAGGAGGUCACUAUAGCAUGGACAACUGAGACCAAGCUGUCCCAGUCCAGGAGCAGCUGUAGCUGAUGAACCAGCCUAAUCUGGGCAUAAGCACUCCUAGAUGCGAAGCUAUUUGAGACUCCAUUAACAAGUUGGAAUCCAGUGAUAAGUUGGAAUACUCCUAAACUGCAAACCUCAUAUUCAAGGGUAGCAAAACGCUGCUCAGAACAGGAUGUACACUUAAUGACCAGACAUGGGAACUACCCAUCUACAGCACUUCUAUCUUAUGAGGAUUCAACCUCAGUUUUUUGGCCCCCAUCCAGUUCAUCACUACCUCCAGAUACGCGUCCAACACUUUUGCAGCCUUUCCUGAUUCCAAUGGAAUGAAGAAAUAAAGUCACAUGUCAUCAGCAUACUUACGACACCAUGUUCCAAAUCCCCAGAUGACAGCUCCCAAUGGUUUCAUAUAGAAACUAAAUGACAUAGGAGACAGAAUGGACAGUAAAGACAUGGUUGUGUACACAAAUUCACCUGUGGAACAGAUUAUUGGUGGUGCAUUGGAAUGUUACAUAGACGGUAGCAUAAGUUUAGAAGAGAACAAAAGUAUAAAAAAUUUGAUAAACACUGCAUCCUGUUGUAAUGUCCUUUCUUUGCAGUUGAUGCUAUUAAUUAGUUAUAUAUUGGCAUCAAUAUACAUCAAAGGAUCAUUGUACUUUACAUCCCACCUUCUACAUUUUUACAGAAUACUCUGAUGAUUUCAGAGGCAAAGUUCUUAUACAUUAGCCUUACAUGGCGUGACUCUAAUAUCAGGCUAGUAGAAUCAGUUUGUAAAUCUCUGUUAGCAUCAGAUAAUCUGGAUUUUAAAUAUGAAUGGUGUGAACAAAUGCUCACUUGCUCUUUUUUAUGCUAUUUCUUUCAUCUCUGUCCAUAUGUCACUUGGGAAGAGGGCAUGUGUUUGGCCAUGUGCACUUCAAGGUCAGUUUAGGAAAGACAACGGAGAGUUCAAGCUUUCCAUAUUCUUAACGAGAUGUCUGGAUCUUUAGAAAAAACAAACAAACAUGUUUUAGCCCAUUACAGAUUUGUGUCGAGGCUUAGAGUUCGGUUCUGGCUAGGAAUAAAAUCACCGGAAUGGCAUUGGUUAUAUGGUGGUUGAUUAAUAACACAGAUUCUGCUUUGUAAUCUACAACCUGGUUCUUCAAACUCUUGUUUAUAUGAGUUGUACUUAUUUUAUGAAAUGUAAUGUCCUGAGCUAAAAUGUCUCUGUAGACACUUAUCAGAGUCCAAGUCUUUUUAUCAGGUACAUUUAAAGAGUACAAGAAAAGAACUUCUUAUAAAAAUAGUCUGAGGAGACUAGUUAGCAGUUCACAGAAAGUACUGAGUUCCCAGUAAGUAUAAAUAAUAUACCAACCAGCAGAAUUUCACAAUAUAUUUCAAGAGAGUUGGAGUUUUAAAGUGUGUUUUUUUAAAAAAAUUGAAAAAAAUGAAUAUCAUCUUGAAGAGGGAUGCCAAAUUGCCUCCCAAGAAGCUAAACCCACCCGCAUAGCAAAAUGUACCUUGCAGGCAAUUACCACAAUUCAGCAACCCAUGCAACUAGAUUCAAAUGCCCAACAGGCCUUUAGACUUCACUUUUAAAACAAAAGCCUUCCGGACAAACUAUUUUUGAAUAUAGGCAGAAUUCCAAAGUAGUUUGUUACUCAUCAUUGGGGUUUGCUAUUAGAAAGGGAAAGAAGCUGAAAGUUCCAUUAGGCAGUUUCAAGCUCUUAAGCAUAAUAUCAGCAACAGCUGCAGAACAUCCUUGGAGGCUGGAUGCGCUGCCUCCUUGACAGCUGCGCUCCCCCAUGAUGCCUCUAAAGCAGCGUUUUGGCAAAUCGGAGGCAAUACUUUGUCUCCUCCCACCCUUCUUUCCAAUAUAUAUACUUAUUACCCUCUUGUUCCUGUUGUAGAUCUUCAUUCAUUCCUUUUCCCCCUGCUAGUGGUUAUUUUGUAGUUCACUCUCAGGUGCCAAAAUGUCUUGGACCAGCCCUGGUAGUCACAUUGUUCUUGCACCAGCACCUGCUGCAUCAGGAAAGAUUGCACAAAUACUAGCUAUUAAAUACCUCCUGGAAUUGCACUGGUGGGCCUUUAGUGCACAGUGGGGUUACAGGAGUAAAGCUAAAGGUAAAGGUACCCCUGCCUGUACGGGCCAGUUGUGACCGACUCUGGGGUUGCGCUCCCAUCUCGCUUAAGAGGCCAGGGGCCAGUGCUGUCCGAGGACACUUCCGGGUCAUGUGGCCAGCGUGACGAAGCUGCUCUGGCGAGCCUGCACCAGCGCAGCACACGGAAAUGCCGUUUACCUUCCCGCUGGUAAGCGGUCCCUAUUUAUCUACUUGCACUUAAGGGUGCUUUCAAACUGCUAAGUGGGCUGGAGCUGGGACCGAAUGACGGGAGCUCACCCCGCCGCGGGGAUUCAAACCGCCGACCAUACGAUCGGCAAGUCCUAGGCGCUGAGGUUUUACCCACAGUGCCACCCGCGUCCCUUGUUACAGGAGUAGAAAAGAGUAAUUUUCAGUAGUAGCUACUUACAGAGUGUUUUAAGAAAAUGAUAUAUACACCGUCUUGUCAGUGUCACUAAAUGCUUUUUUUUUUUUUUUUGGGCUUUAUUUUGCAGUACUUCAGCAAGCUGGAAGAAAUCCAUCUCAGAAGACAGUUAAUAAAUACUGGACGCUGCAAACCACCACACUGAAUUUUGAUGAUUUUUGCUUCAUCUUAAAACAAGAAGAACCUGUUAGGAAAACAGAGUUGCUCAAAGCAUUUGCAAAAAUAGAUGUAAAUAAUGAGGGCUGUAUUUUACAUAGUGAGCUGUAUAAACUUCUUACAACUGUAAGUACCUCAAAGGGUAGUUAGGACUGAUACUUUUAACAAUUCAUAUAAACCACAGGGGAAAUAUGUUUAAACUUUAAUAAAUCAUUACUGUUUGUGGGGAGGCAUAAUAAUUAAAUAUUGCAGUGUUUUUCCUUCAUUGCUUUGCAACUGAAGCUGACUUUUUUUUUUUUUUUGCAGAGAGGUGAAAAAAUGACCCAUGAUGAAGUUAAUGCAAUCACCAAAUUGGUGGAAGUGAACAGUGAUGGAAAGUUUGAUUAUUACAAGGUAUAGUGGAUAAGACUACAUAGGUUUGUAUCUAAAGUUACUUGAACAGACAUAUGCUUUUAUAUUGGGGAUUUCCUGCCCUCUCCUUCCCACUAAACCCUCAGGAAAGGUCUUCAAUGUGGUGCAGUCUUGACUGGGAGUCGGAAUGGGUAAAAAUUGGGGGAAAGCAGAUUAUAAUAGUGGAGGUCCCCUGAGCCCUGACAUGCUGUUCAGAGGGCUUAAACAAGAAAGAGGUGAGGCUGAAUAAGUGAGAGUGAUUUGGUUCUUAAACGCCUAAUAGGAUAUUUCCAUGGUGUCAAAGUUUUCUGAUCACCUUUUAGUAAUCCUUUCAAAGGAGGUUACAGCAGUUCAGAAUGUGAUACAUAGGUGUUAGAGGAUCUGAUUGUCAGUGCAUGCUUUCAGAGAAAAGUAUGUCAGGCACUAAAAAAUUACAAGUUUUUAGUUGUGAUAUAUUAGAACAGCUCUUCAUGUUGCAGACAUGAACAAUAGAGCUCAGUGUGGUUGGCCUUUGACAAAGUAAAGGUAUAGGUUUGCAACCUUGAAGUAUGCUUAUUAAUAUGGUAAUGUAGCUAGUACUUAUAAAUAUCUUAUCACACACUGUGUCUUGGAUGCAAAGUACUAGGAGUGGAGGGAGAAAAUGUAUUGGUGCUAUUCAAUGUGCUGCUUGGCAAGGGAGUGUAAGACUUCUCACAGUGAGGCACCACAGUACAUCAGAGGUUGUGUUAUAGUAUGACAACCAUGAUAAAUAAGGAAGAUACAUGCUGUAGCAUGGAAACUCUAGUCGGCUAUAAGAAUCUCUUGAGAAGGAACUUGUGCAAAUGGAAGAGCUUCUCUGAAUAUGCAGUCAUUUAUGUCAUGUGACACUCUUUCAAUAUGCUAGAAAUGAAGAAGCUUUUUACUAAAGGGAGAGUCACUGUCAGCCUGAGUGUAUUAGAACAAUAGAAAUAUAGAGUUGGAAGGGACCCCAAGGGUCAUCUAGUCUAACUCCUUGCAAUGCAAGGAUCUUAGCUAGAUCAUACAUGUAUCAGUGAAAUCCAAACUUGCACUGGCAGACUUGUGCUCAUGCAGUAAGUCAUCCCUCUCCUCCCCGCAAACUUCACUCACACCCCAGAUCUGCUCUGCAGGGUCCCCCCAGUCCUCCAAAGCAGAUUUUGAAGACUGCAGGGGGAGGAGAGGCAGGUAAUAUCCCAUUGUGUGAGCAGAAUUCAGUUCUGCUUGCAAACAUAAACCUUUGGACACAACCCUAUAUACAACUAUAUAUUUAUGGCAGACAUCAAGCUUAAUACUUAAAAAUAGAAGGAGCGUAGAGAGUGUCAGAACAGGAGUAGUAUCCCAUCGAGCUAUAUUGACAAUGUCUUUUUCUCAUAAGAGUUCACAGUGAAUAUAGAAGAACAUCCCUUUUUUAACAAAGAAAAAUAGGAUAAGGAAUGUAUAUGUGUAAAAUAAGUGUUGAUUAAAGGCUGUUCUUUCCAAAUACUUUCCCAAGUAUGCAGUGUCAUCUAUCACAAUACUAUCUUUCUGGCCGUAGCUAAAGCAAUGUUCUUUUAAAAAAUGCAACUGUUAAUUUUAUGUUAUCUGGAGUUUGUUAAUCUUGGAGUUUACCUUAUCUGAAAUGACUAUGUUGUUCAUUAAAGUUUCCCAUCCAGACUCAUAGAAAAGAAAAGAAAACUCCUUCAUUUAAAAUUAGACAUAAAAAGCCAGUCUGUCCACAAAUAUGUCUGGUAGACAAUAUAAAUCUUAUCUUCGGGUACCUUUCAUUUUUAUUUUCUCUCAGUUGUAUGAUCUCCUCAUUGAAUCAUGUCUCCAUUUUAUUGUGCCACUGGAGAGUGGUCAGUUUGAUUCAUGAAAGCAAGAUGAGGAUUGUACUAACAGAAGAAAUAUUUUUUAUCUGUUGAUCUAUUUCUUGCUUAGUAGUGCCUUUGUUUAUUUUCCUUCUAAAAUACUUAAGAGACCAAGGUGUGUGUGUGUUUUGUUUACAGUUUUGUAAAUUGUAUAUGACAACCAAUGAGCAAUGUCUGAAGAACGCACUAGAGAAACUGGAGGUUGACAGUAAACUGAAGCGUCAGCAGUUUGGAAGUCAACUUGAGACUUCAUCAGAACUGGCUACAUCACUAAUAUCAAAAACAAUACCAAAAACUGCAAGGAAAACAGAAUCCAAACCAAUGCUAAAAAGAGGUAAUAAUUUUUCAAACAAGAAAGCUCUACUUCAUAGAGUGUCAUUUCCCCUCUGCAUGACACCUUGGAUAUAGAUUUUUUUCUCUCUUUUUUGAAAGGUGUGUUCAUUUAUUUCACUAAAAAUAUUUGCUUUAUCAAUGGUAGAAAUGUCUCUCUGGUAUUUCCAAAGCCCUAGGCUCAGAAGAAGUUUUGCUACAUCCCUCAUUUCAGCAUUUUUCUUUCUCUAGCAUUAGCUGAUUAAUGUUUGAGUGACCCCAUUCACACAGCAUAUCCCAAUAGCACUCUUCUGCUGCUGUUGCAAUGCCACAGAAGAAGCAAGCUACAGUUUGGCUUUCAUGUCUUCUGAACCUUCCUUGCAGUUUGUUUUUUUCCAAAUAAGCUAAGAGCAAACCUUGGACCAGAGAUCUUCCAUAUGUUGUGUUUUGGCAAAUGAACUUUUCCUGCAUUGUGAGUGGCUGGUUCACUGAAAGCUGGCAGAAUGUCCACUCUAUUUAAUAAAAGGGCAGUUUACAAUUUAAAUUUGGCCUUACCCUGAUAAGAUUUAGCACGGUAUUAUAUGACACCAACUUUGUGAUAUGGGUUAUUUAAUGUUUGAAUUAAUAGAUUUGAUAGAUUCUCUAAUCUUUUAGUGCAAAUAUCACUUGGCAGCUGCUGGGUUGGAGAUUCAUUACCAGUAGACUUGGCAGGUUCAGUGCAAAUCAAAGCAGAUACCAAAUUUUUCCAGUGCAUAUACCGGCCCAGCAAAACACAAAUCAGUUUACCAGACCAGAUUAACUACUAUAAGGUAUAUUUAUCAUUCUGUAUCUAUUUUCUCACUUGAUGAAUGUAAAUAUUCAUAAAUAAGGUGCUAUAAAUAAAACUCUGCAAUUGUAGGUCACUGCAAGACUUCUUCACAGUGUUCCUCAGCUCCAAGUUGCAAAGCAUCUGUUUCUUCCACUAUCAGUAUGGGUGCCAGCAGCAACAAACAUUCGAAGCUCAUUGAGGCAAAUGCUGCAAAGGUAGACUUCGUUAAUUUAGUUUGACUCUUGCUCCCCCUCACCAGGUAUAGACAUUGCAUUUUAAAUAGAAAGCAAUUUUUCUCUCUUUUAUAGCUUAUGUUUUAUUAACUGCUUGUCAAGGGCAGCAACACAGCACACAGAGAUUUCUGGUUGCAAAACACUAUAAACAUUUUUAUAUAAUGUUGGUUUUGCUGACAUCCCGUUAUUUAGGAUCAUUUUUCAGGUGUGAAGGUUUGCUAGAACAAAACAUGUUUUUCUAUAAAGGAAAGCACUCUUGGAUAAAAUUGUUAAUGACUGUUUGAGAAAUGCAAAAUUGAAUAAUUUAUUAGUACUUUAAAUGCUUAAGUAGUCUGAAAGAUUAUAUAUCACAACCCUCUAUAGGCAAGGUAAUUGGAAAUAAAUAUCUUCAAACGUACCCAGAUCAGAAGACAUUAAUUGGUAAAUAUACACUGUAGCCUGAAAAUAUUGACUGUUAUUUAGACUAAUAAGUUUUACAAGUAAUUUCUUUUAAAUAAGUCAUUCAUUCAAUAACCAUUCCUAAGGGAGAAAGACAACAAAGUCACUUUGCUAAGUCAAUAUUUGUAGAGUGUUAAUAUUGAUCUUUUCCCUUUGUUUUCCCUUUCCUGAUUCAACCUUUACUAGUUUUCUUUCAGCAGAAAAUAAUAGCUAGAGAAAUAUAAAACAUUAACUGGAAACUGCUAAGAUACAUUAAAAAUGUGCACCUUGAGACCUCUGUGUAAGGGAGAACGAAUGGUUAUGACCACAUAAUAUAACUGCAGCUAGAAGACUGAACUGAUUGUUCUCUUGAGUUACAUUUUUGUUUCAAAUAACAACUCUGUAUUUGUUAUUGAACUCUGAAGUCCUUUAUAUCUUUAACAUUGCUAGACAGUGACAUUUGUUCUAUAUUAAAAUUUAAAAGCAUCCUCUCCAAGGAUUUUUUUCUGUGUGUUUAGGUAUCCAAACCCCUAUGCAAUUUAGCCUGUAAUUCCAGUAUGUUCAAAGAUGAUAUGUUGUUGGUUAUAAAAACACAUACAGUAGUUUUCUACUAGUUGUAAUUGGUUCAGUUUCAACAACCUAUUAGAUGGUAAUGAAAACUAGCUUUCUAAGCUGUUAGCGAAUGAUCAGUUUGGUCAUCACAAGAGUGAUCCACCGCCUGCUUAAAUAGUGAAGUUCCCAAAGAUGAGUUUAGUGUUCUGAGUAGGUUUCUAUUAAAUUUUUGCUAAUAAAAGUUCAUCAUUGUUCUUUUGACUUGCACCCCAUUGUGUAUCUCUUAAUAGUAUUCUGCUGAUAGCUAUUUGUGCAUGAGGUGUUUUUGCAGGUGGAACAGGAGUAUUCCGAAACAAGGUUUGGUUUCCUAACAGGUGGGCACUGCUAGAAAGGACAGGAUCAGCUGAGGUGUCUGGAUAUUUUCCAGUAUUUUUCUGAGCACUACAAUUACCUCAAACCAUUAGGUACCAGUUCCACUUCAACUGUUUUCCCACUACAUGUAAUACACAAAGAAGAAAAGCAGACUCUUGCCGCAUAUGGGGAACUGUGUGGUCCCCAGCUUCAAACAGGGGAUAUAUGUGAAUUUCCUUUCCCAUCACAAGGUGCAGCAGAAAGCUGAAACCCAAAUAACACUUGGAUGUCUACUUUACACUGGUUAUUGCAGCAUGCACAGGAUAUGUGGCAAAUCAAAAAAAUCAAGAAUAUAUGAUAAAUUUCCAAGCCAUUGCAGUUUCUAAUUGCAGACAUCCCUGACAAUUGGGAAAGCUUGAUAAAUUACAAGGAACAUUCAUCUAUAUGCUUAUAACCCCACCCUGCCUCCUGUCUACCACAUAAGAAUAACAGCAAAGCAUUCGUAGGAGAGCCCUUCCAGUUAUGCUAUAUAAAGUUGAGCAGUGUAUGUGAUAAAUUGCAAAAAUAUCCAUCUUAGUCAACUGUCCUGUACUGAAGAUAGGCAACUCCGUAAUAAUAUGAUAUAAAAGAGCAAUAGAACCUGUGACCCCCUUAUACGGUAAGUGUUCUAGUGAAUGUAGGAAUAGGCUGUUAUGAAAUAAAUGUAGAAGAAUAUGUAAAAAAGCAAAAUCCAUCUGAAAUAUUGUAAACCAGAAAACUUGGUGAAUUCCAUGCCAGAAUUCAUUGCAAACAGCAGUAGAUGCCAUCAUUUAUGAUUUGUCACAUGACUUGGGUUAACUUUUCUCUUGGAUUUAGGCAUAGACAAGUAUACUUUUUCCAGUAUAACCAUUCCUAUGAUUUAAAUCUGCAGUGUCAAUUAGCAAGGCAUGUAGAAAAAGCCAUUCUAUGCUUAAACAAACACAGUGGCAUCAUGCAGCUUUAUCCCAUACAUGGUAUCAAGUCCUACUCCAAAGUAACUGUAAGUAGGCUUGUAGCCACAAGCCUUGUUCAAUUCAUUGGACCAUAUAUGGGGAAUUUUAGGCAAAAUGAAUGGCAGUUUAUCUUAUUUAAUUGUGCCCAAAGCUAAAAAGCCAUGGCCAUUUCUCUAAUACACUUUCAGCAUUUAAUCUUAGUUUUCAGAGUGUGGAUGUUCCUUAUUAUUCAACAUUUUGUUCUUUCCCAUGUCACACUCUGCACUGCAAAUUGAAAUGAGCCAUACAAUGUGAAAAUAUCAGUUUGAAGAACGCUAUAUUAUCUUGGUUUACAAGUAGAUACAGGGUCUGUAGCACCACCUUAUGCUCUUCAGAAGCAUAACAGGUUAGAGUGAGGGUUUUUUUAUGAGUUUUUCAAUCCUUUCCACAACAUAGACAGUGUUUUCUGCAGAAUUAUUGCAGCUGAAUUUUUCUGUUACUUGAGACAUACAAAUCCACUCUGGCAUUUAAAUAUUAGGAGUCAAUAUAGUGCAGUCUCAACAAGAGUGAAUAGUGAGAUGUCCCUGAUUGCAACAUUGUCUUAGCUAAGAAUUUACAAGGUUGCCCUAGCAAGUUACUGUUUUCUCAUCCUCUGCAACAACCCUGUCUGUAAUGUGGGAUAAAACUGGAAACCUUAAAGCGUUGUUAUAGGGAUGACUGAGAUGAUGUACAUAGCAUACUCUCAACACUCCAAGUGCCAUAUAAUUUAUAAGUGUUAUUACUGCUGUUGUUAGCAGUACUGUUCUAAGUUGUAUCAGAAGAUACGUUGUUGUCGCAAGCAAAUUUUCUGAAGGGGAAUGUUCCAGUUUCCAAUUAUCCAAAGAAUUAUGCAGUAAAUAAGGUUUGGAAAAUAAACCUUCAAAAGAUCGGACACUAAUCUUUUAAGACUUAAAGAACCGCUUGGCCAACAGAUGGUAGGAGUGACUAGCAAAGUCACUGCCUUACAAGGAAUUAAGUAACUUCUUUUAUAUUAAUUAUUUGAUUUGUCUCUAGGAAUGGCAACAGGCACAGUCCAAAGGAUGCUUCUUCUUAGAGGAAAGUGGAGAGAUAAUUAGUCAUAAAUAUAAGUUGUUUUUAUCUCAGAGAUCUACAGUAUGCAUUACCAUUAAUCCUGUGAACCUUUGCCAAAUGGAAGGUAGGAAUACCUUUUAAAAAACAACAACUAGGGGUUGAAAACUGGGAGAUGUCCCUGUAAUAGAACUGCACAAGGGAUUAAUGGAGCAGCCCAAGAUAAAAUGUAACCAUUGCAGGGUUGCAAAUUCUUAGUUCUAGCAUUUUUUUUAAAAAAACAAAAACAUAAAUGUUAAUAUUUGCGGCAUAUGUUGCUGUUGUUAACAGCAACAGCAGCAGCUUUCUGGUCUUUGACCACAAUAAAGAUUGAUUGAUUGAUUGAUUGAUUGUAUGCUGCAAACAUGCAUUCAAUCACAAACAUGCAUGACAACUGUUUUCACUGCAUGUGAGACCUUACAAUGAUAAUGGGCAAAACACGAUGGAUUCUUUUGGUACCACUGUAUUCAGCUGCAUCACUCAGUUAAUGACAGAUCUUUGACUAUUAGUACAAUUUUGCUUGCUUUUUGACAGGAAAACCCUCUCCUUGGUUAGUGGUGGACACAGCUUUGUACAUACUCAAAGAAAAUGAAACUGAAGAAAACAUACAGCUUGUCGGCUUCACUGAGCUACGAAAUAAAGAGGUCAUAGACAUUUUUAAGUUACCUUUACUGACUUUAUAUAUGUAGCAUAUUAAUAAUGAUGAUAUCUAUAAAUGGCUGGUACUUUGUGCUUUGCCAUUGAGAAAAUAGCUAAAUUAUCAAUGAAGUAGUCAAGGAAACGUAAUAUUAUUCCUAACAGAAUUAAUACACUGUUAAUUAUAUACUUUCCAAAUAUUUCCCCUGUGAACAGAUGAUAAAAGCCAAAAUCUGAAGAAUCCCUUUAAAAAGUUACUUAUGUUGGUUAGGCCUGAGAAGACUGUUGAUUUCCUUCACAACACAUAAAUGUGGACUUGAAUAAGCAACAGAACUUUCAUUUUAAUUUCCAAACUGUCCUCAAGUGAGUGUAGUAGAAAUACUAAGAUAAAUCAAAUACUUAUUACUUUUAUUUCCUCCUAUACCAGAUAUGAGUCAAUCCAAAUGGAGGGAUUAUCUUAUUAUAAACCCAAUGUAAAUAGGAGUCCAAGGCCUUCUAUGUCCAAUCAUUUUAUUUAUUUAUUUAGCACAAUAAGUAUACAUAUGUAACCCACUUCUGGUGCAGAGUGCUGAUGUCUUCCCUCAGUAUAGCAUUUCUUUUGGAGGGCCAUUGCAGUGUUCCCCACAUUUGGCGUACUCUGUUCUGUAUGUGAUAUAAUGCCAUUAUUACCCCUUUUCAUCGAGGUCAAACAAUAUGUGACUUUAAGGAUAGGAUUCAAAAACAUUUGGACUGGCCACAUCCUUUUGUUUACAAAAAGUAGUUGCAGGAGUACAAGGACUGCCAGAGUAUAGAGUUUAAUCCUAAGGCCACACAUAAUUUUCUCAUUGAAAGUUAGCUCUGAACCUGCUUCUCCAGUGUUUGAAAAACGACAAUUGAUGAGAGAGAUUCCCCAUGCUCACACUGUUUUCGAGGUUUUACGUAUUGUUUUUGUUGCUUUGUAAACCACUUAGAGACUAUCUUAAGCAUUAAGUAUGUAAUGAUACAUAAACAUAUAAAAUAAAAUAAAUUUGUUUGUUUACAUGAAAAUAUGCCCACUUCCAGAAAACACAUCAGGGAACUGGGCCCAAAUCCACUGCAUUCCAAUCUACUUUAUAGAGAGUGGGAAUGUGCAGCUCUCCUCCACAUUUUAUGCAUUUAUUACAGCAAAUACUUGUGUACCCAGGUUGCCUCAUAAAGGGUGAAGCAAUGCUUUGUGAGCUUUUGAGCACAGGCUUCUCCUUUCUGAGUCCAGAACUCAAUUCGGUGCACUUCAUUGGCUCUUACUUUAUUAUCUCUAGUUCCUUUUUUAAUCUAUGUGAUCUACAUGUGGGAAAGGUCUACAAGAUAUGAACUCAAAUACUUGUUGGGCUUGUAUGAGGAGAAAGAAUGAUGGUGGUCAGAAAUCUAAAACAUCCUGCAUCUAUUUUUUUCCUUUGUGGUAGGUUUUUGGUUGGAGAGGCGAACUUGAAGGUGGUGUCUAUUGGGUAAUUCCUUUCACCACAGGCUGUAGAUUCAGAAAAUCAAAAAAGCAAAUUAGAAGAGAAGCCAAACUUGUACAUGGAGAUGGAGAAUUCACAGCUACCAAAGAGUUCCGGUAAGGCAGGCCAGCUUUUGUGAAAUUUAGGCUCUUCAUAUUUUAACAAAAAUAUGUUGCUGAAAAAAUUGUCUCCCAAAGAAAUCAGUCUUCUGAAAUGAACUGAUGAGUGAGUCCAAGGGAUGAAAUGAAGGAAGCAGACAAUCUGUUGAGCUGCUUUUUCUCUUCAACCUUUCAGAGCAGCCUUAUCAGAAAUAUUUGAAAUGAUUGAUUUGGAUGGGAAUGGCUUUCUCAGCCUGGAAGAGAACAACUUCUUUGAAAUGAGAACUAGUGGAGAAAAGUGUGAUGAAGAAGCUUGGGCCAUAUGCAAAGGUAACACUGAAAUUAUCUAUAUGCAAAUUUAACCUCUCUAUGCCCAAGUGCAGCGUCAUCUAUCUGAAUGCCUUUGGCAAUAUUAUUCAGAUAAUCAUAUGAUUAAAUAGAAAUGCUGAUUACAUAGAUUCACAGUUCAUUAGCAUGAGGCUACAUGGAAGGAACAAUAUAGUUCGCUAACUGUUAAUGUAGUUUGGGUGUAUUCAUGGGCAACGUUAUUUUUCUAAUGAAAAUAUACCAUAGAAUUCAGCAUCUUAAGCUCUGUGUGACAUAUAUUGCUUUGUCAUCUCCCCCCUCCCUUAUUGCUUUGUGCUGUUGUUACGAGGUCUUUCUAUUACUUCAUAAAUUCAUUUCUUUCCUCUUUCUUCUUUUAGCGUGCAUCUCUGUAAUAUCAAAGGCAGCUCCUUCAGUCCCCUGACUGUCAUUUUCAGUCUCCCUGCUAGCUCUCCCAUUUCCUUUUGCUUUAUUUUGCUCUUGCCUGAGGUCAGACUGUAAGAUGUCCCUAAUAGGGGGUUAUGUUGGAGAAUAACAAAAAAAAGGGGGCAAACCCUCCACUGCUUUAUCUCCUCAUGGCUUCUACUCUUGCAGCUUCAGUAAGUCUCAUGUCAGUUGUAGGGGGCAUUCCAGAUGGUCAUUUUAUUGCACAGUAAAUGUACAGUUGUUAUUCAUUUGUUGCAGGGGAUCUAAAUGUCUUUGCCCUAAGGUAAUGUUUCUUUUUCAUUUCCCCAGCAUUCAAGCAGCAAUAUUUUGUUAAUGGGAAAAUGUGAUGUUUUCCUGCACAUAUUCUACAGUGCAGAGCAGGAGUAGAAAAGCACAGGCCCAGGGACCAAAUGUGGCCGUCAGACUCCUCAGACCUUGCUUCCUUCAUAGAUCACACCCCCUUACUGACUUUGUUUUGCACCCUCCUCAACUGUUGUUGUUUGGCUUGAAUUGUGAUGAUGCCCCUUGCUUGUAUGAAUGGAGAGAGAGAGAGAGAGAGAGAGAGAGAAUAAGCCUCUUACUUUUGCAUGGCUGGAAUGUAGUCUACUGUACAAAGGUAAGAGUCAAAUCUGUUGUGCCACCACUCCAGACUCUGGAGAAAUAUGGUUUUGUGUCACAGGCACCAAUUGAUUAACGUCCAUGACUUCACCAAAAUACUUCCCAGCACAUUUCCUGCAUUAUUUUGUAAAGCUUGUUUUAUUUUAAAUUACUUCUAGACUGGUAUACAGGCAGCGCUUUCCAUGUUAAAAUGAGAGUUCAUAUAACCUACCAUCCUCCUCCACAUAAAUGUCCUGCUACUAGUGUCCACCAUGUUUUGAAAUCCAGUGCUGAAGUAUCUUCCACUUUUAGAAAGAAAAUGGGUGGAAAAAUCAUAGAAUUGUAGAGUUUGAAGGGACCCUCUGCAAAGCAGCUGUCCCAUGUAGGAAUCGAACCUGCAACCUUGGCAUUAGCAGCCCUGUGCUCUAACCAAAUGAGCUAUACAGGUUCUAUUACAUAAAAAAGAAUAUUGAGAUAUUGGCACUCAGGGGGGGAAGGGAGGCAGAAUAGAUUUGUGUUUGCACGAAAGGGCCCAUGUUAUGCUGGCUGCUUGGUCAUCAUAAUAAUCAUUCAUUCAUUCAUGUCAAUUGCAUUUUUUAAAACAGUUUUAUAACGUGUUCACGCCUUUGGAAAAAUCUGGCUGCAUAAAUGUUCCUGUAUAUGUAGAUAUAUUUCAUUGCAAAUAAAACUUCAGGAGGUUCACGUAACCGCAUUGAAAACUAUGUCUGUUCAGCAUGUGUGCACAAAUGCAUGCCACCUCAUUCUCCUUACUGUUGGGAAGUGCAUAAUGAGUUCAUGCAUGGCAGGAAUUGCAUUUCCUGACAUGGAAGAGAAUUGAAUUAGCCCUUACUCAUCCAGAGUGCUGUAUGUUCUCAGUUUUGAAUUUUUAGAUUGUAAAUACGUUUGAUAAAACUAUGACUGUGCAUGCCUUCUGAGACUUUCAUCUAAGCAUUCAACUAUUCAUAAUCCACAGACAUAGUUCAAUUUAUUGUCACUUCUUAUUUGGCCUUCAGUAUCACAAAUUAGGAAUUGCAUGCUAAGAAUAAAUGAUCUCGCACAUGGAUGAUAUGAAGGUAAAUUCAUUAAUGCUUAUGAGAAACUUCGUUAUUAUUACAGCACAAAAUAGAAACUGGAAUUAAUGAGGUGUACCAGUAGGCUUGCAACAGCUUAAAUAGACAUUUUAAAGGCUGUGGUGCUUUGUUAAUUCCGGCUAAAAUAUUCAGCAUUUGACAGAUCCUGUUUCAUAUUACUCUGUAAAAUCUUUAGAGCUUUUUAUGUUUUCAUUAAGGAACACAAAUUCAGACAUCCUUUAUAUGAUGGCUUCAGUCCAAAGGACCAUGUGACUAAUUCCAUAUGCCCAAGGGAAAUUGAAAUUGAGGGGACUUCCAUGAAGAUCUCAAAAUCUGUUGCUCAAAGAAGGGAAUUAUAAAAAUCUCACUGGACAUGCCCAAGCCUUUGGGCAGACAUAAAGUUCUCAGCUUUGGCUUUGCAUUUUGUGCAUUUGGUUUCUUAUAUAUUUGAGAGUAGGGGACACAAGUCAGAGAACAAGGAAAUGUAUAUCCCUUCCUCAAUAAUUCUUACAUUUUCUGGAACAAACACAGCAACAAUACUUAGAAGACAUUAGCCGGCCCGUCAAAAGGAAGCAACAGCAAAAGCUGUGAAUAGAUUACUUGGCAAUUAAUCAGCUGGAGGGUUCAGAUGAACCUCAUAAAUCUUGAGAACAAAGUUCAAGCAGUUUAUAAUAGCACCUGAACCCUUAGAUUUAUUCAUUUGGUAAUCUCUUUUAAAUAAUACAUAGUAAAGAAUUAGCAUUGUAAUGAAGAUGAGAAAUCCAUUUUUAAAUAUUCUGUGCUUUAAGAACAUUUUAAUUUUGUAUUUGCUUGAUGACCUGGUUUUCUAGCAAGAAUUUGCUAGAAGAAUUUGCUGAAUAUUAUUGGAACCAUAUUACUUUUCAAAAAUCAAACUUAUCUAAGAUAUGAGCUCACAGCAUCCAUAACAUAAAAGCCUCUCUCAGUGAUGAAAGUGAAUGAUAAUUUCAUAGAUGCAAAUAGUGGCAUUCUUGUAUCAAUCCAAUUCUCAUACCAAGGAUUGCUGCUUGGUUCCCCCUCCACAAUUAUACACUGCAGAAGACUGUAGACAUUGUUUAUAUACUGUAUUCAUUUACUUUGCAAUACCUUGUCUUCCAUUGAUUUAAAAGCCAAUAUUGUGUUUAUUCUUGUUGCUGAAGAAAUCUAGGUUACUACUGAUCUAGGUUGCUGUUUCCAAAAAUGGGGAUUGGCCAUUAGCCUCUUUUAUGCAUCACAGUAUAUCAUAGUUAAUAGUUUACCAUGAAUAUGCCCAUCUUGGCCAAUUUGCUCUUCCCUGCUUGCCCUGGGAAGAAGAAAGCCAUAAGAGACCUUACAACGAACCACAAUUUGUGGCCAAGGUUUUUAUUGAUUUGCUGAUAAAACUCCACCCACUGCCUCAAAUAAUUUCAAGAGAAACUCGUUUAAUUUGUCAUUUCUUGCAUGUUGAGUUUUCCGUGAAGCCAAAUAAAUAACUUUGUCAUGUAUACAUUUCAUAACAAAUUUUCUGAAACACAAGGAUGCAAAAUCAAACCUUUAUAAUUACUGACAUAUAUACCAGGACUGGGGAAUCUGGUAUAUACGACAGCUCCUGUCUUCCCUUAUUAUUUCCUUGAUGACUGGGGAUGAUGGGUGUUGCAGUCCAACAACAUUAGGAGGGCCAUAGGUUCUCCACCGCUGAUGCAAACAUUGCCAUCAAAGUGCCGGUUCUUCACAGAGUUUCACAAAUCAAAAUGACACAGGCCUGCCUAAAGGAGCUUACAGUAGGAGGCAAUGUGAACAAAGGAAGUAAGAGAGGAGCAAGUGUGGCAAACAACAAAAUGAAAAGAGGGAUGGGAAGGGCCAAGGGAUGGAAUCCAAUGUUUGUUUCUCCUGAAUACAGGCAAUUUUGAUCGUUUCCACUGUAGCCUGUGAAAAUAUUUGCCUUAUGUUUUCUUAGAGAAUUUUGAUAUGAAGAACAAUGAACUCACAAGACAGGGAUUUAUGGAUCUGAAUCUCAUGGAAGCCAGUCAACAAGGCAGGGAUCUUAGCAGUCUCUGGAUGACUUUGCGGUCAAUGGGCUACAACAAAGCAUUGGAAUUGACUGAGGUAUGAUCAAUGUUGGGCAAGGUGAGGGGGAAGUAGCCACAAUGUGCAAUUUUGCUGAUCUUAAGUUGAACCAGUUACAAAGUCGUAAUGUGCCUCAAGCUUUGCAUGUUAUCAUAGAAUCAUAGAAUUGUAGAGUUGGGAGGGACCCCAAAUUAAUUAAUAGUUUAUGUGUCAUAUAGAUACCCAAAGUAAAGGCAUCACAUCUGUUAUCCAAAGGGAAAGUAUCCAAAACUUUCUCCAGUCCAGCAGGUAAAAGGGACUAAUGAGACUGACAAUAUGGAAUGGAAUCCAAAAACAGUGCAGCUGGCAAUUGGUGGUGGUUCUUGCUGCAGCAGUUCCUUUGGCCAAAGAGGCAAAGCAGCUUUUCAGAUGAAGCAAAAAUUGAAGCUCAGAAUAUUCUCUGGCAUGCAUAUGCAUUUGCUACCUCUUCAGAUAUUGUCCAUGACCAUGUAAGGCUAAGUAGUUCCCAGUUAUAGCUUGGAAAUAAGAUAACGGUCCAUUUCAGUCAUCAGGGGAGCACUGGCUGCUCCUUGCUCCAUUGUUAGCAUUAACUGUAGCGGAGCAUUAUGUAGCAUUGUCACAAUCAUAGCUAACCAGGGAAGGAGCAUUCAAGGCUUUUAAAACCAGCUGUUGUGCCUAUCUUGCAGUUUUAGGUCAUCAAAUAGAACAGGUCUAAGGUCAUUUUCAGGUUCCCCUACCCAAAAAUUUAAAUUUGGUUUCACUGAAUGGAUCAAAAUAUGAUAUCUACAAUGAUAGAUAUAACAAAUGUCCCCCCCUCACUCUUUAUAGGCAUGCCCCUUUUCCAUUCGCGUCUAUGCAGAAAAAUGCAAACCCAGGAUUCAACCUGUUUGUCUGGAAGCAGGUGGUGAGCAACUUAAGACAGCCAUUUGUAUGAGUGUGGCUAAUAAAGGAGACGCCAAGCCGAUGGAUGCCAGUGAAAAUAUAGUUAUUUACACUUAUAAAAGUGAUACACGGAUCACAUCUGUUAUUGGAAACAAGGUAUUGUAUGAAAUAUAUAUAACAGGAACAGCCCUUACAUAAGCAUUUCCUUACAAAUUCUUUUUGUAUUUUUACCAUUUGCUUAUCACAGUCAGACUGGGACCAAUCUAACCCUUCUAGUUAAGGGUCUUUGUUGUCAAUGACUUGAGCUGGACUCUCACGUUGAAGCCAGACAUGCAGUAAGCAGUAAAUUCUGACCAAGCAAAGCCAGGAAAUGAGGUGUGACUGGCUCAGCGGGACAGUGCUAUGUUGCUGCCUUCCUGACUGUGUCACUGCUGUUUACAGGAUAAAGGUGGGGCAAGGCAAUGGCAAGGUCAGAGCUGCAUGGGCACUCCAGUGGAGACAACUGGGUGUUCUUGCCUGUUUACUAAUCAGCUCCAGUCACCUGAUGGGCCCAGAGAGGCAUCAAUUGGAAGUCCCUUUGCAGAACAGCUUGUUAUUGAAACCACUUGUAAAUGGAUUUCAUAGGUGAUCUCUUCUCAAGUUGUUGCCUGACAUCUUAAUGUUGUCAGGUGAUUGACCCCAGCUACAUCUCAAAGUUGGGUAGGAUGCAGGGCAAGUUCCCCACUUGUAGCCUAGAUUGUCAGCAAACCUGUGAUAGGCUUUCCCCUAUGAUGAUUGUUGUCACCAUGCUGUCAACCUGGACUUGGGUGGUGGGGAGCCUGCCUAAUGACCAGUUCACCAUAUCCAGAUUUAUACUAGGUUUACAGCAAAGAAAGGGAAGCGGUUUGAAUUUAAGGAUCAAAUGGAUCACGUGAAUCGGCCUAAUGAACACUUCAUUUCUCCUUCCCGAUUUCUGUGUAUAUUCAGGAACUAGAAAAGUUGGUAUAUUGGGCAUUUCCACUGUAUAUUUUGCAAUUUAGCUUUACUAGGUUUAUUUCAACUUAUUGCAAGUUUUCAUAUAUUCAGUAUCCAUAUUAGUGAAACAUUUUAUUGCCGAAAAAUUCCAUUCCAAAUAAGCAAUGAAAUAUUAAGAAAUAAAAAAGGAAAAUGGCAAACAGCUAGUCUUCAGUGUACUCUAUACUUAAUUAUUUAUCCAGGCUAAUCAAUAUCACAUUAGCUCAGUAACAGAGAAAAGCAAAUAGACCAAACUUUCUGUAGUGUUCUUUGCAAAUGAACUUUAAGGACCUUGUGUGUACGAUAAAAUAUGCUUACCAUAAUAAAAUAUUUCUAAGCACUUUGUUUACUAAAACAUGCUAUACCAAAUGGCAAUCCAUUUAAACCCGAGUAGUCCAAAUAACAAAGGUCCUCUUGUCUAUAUUUCCCUCUACAACAGCUUUAACCACUUAGUUGCCAACAAUCCCACCUUAGGCUAUAAAUCUGGUCCAUUUUUUAUUUUAAAUCUGUUGAUGUGAAGAACAUAUGUAGAAAAUGGAGUGGGGGAUAACCAUGUAUGCUGUCCUCAGCUCCUUGAAGGGAAGGUAGGAAAUAAAUGUAACAAACAAUAUUGAUGAUGAUGAUAAUAAUAAUGCUUGUUGGUUAUUCAGGGCCGUUAUGACCACCAUGCAGGUUGCCCUGCAUGACAUGGUUUAAUGCCUGGAUAUUUCUGUUUCAGCCAUGGCACUACUGAGGAACCAAGCAACUUUUAAUUUAAAGUUCAACUUUGCUUUCCUCUUAAGUUGUUGCAGUGAGUUUCUAUCUCUUCAAAACACCUAAAAAUACACAGAUGCCCACUAAUAAGCCCUGGAGCCUGAGAAUUAUUGGCCUAUAGACACAAUAAUGACAUUCACAAACAUUCAUGAUCUCCUUGGACAGUCUACUCCCAAACCAGCCUUUGGGAGUACUGAACUGCUGGUGAUAGACCAUGACACAACUGGAACAAACCACUGUCAAAACCACUAUUUUAUUUUUCUUACUGGGUUUUUUAAGGCUAGAGAUAGGGACAUAAAAAGCCACACACAAUUUUUAAGAAGCAAAACAAAAAUAAGUUGAUCUGAUAUUGCUGGUUGAAUUUAAAGAUAGGUCCUGGGCCUCAAGGGGGUUGAAAAUCACUGCCCUGUAUAGACUGAGUUAAAAGCAGAACUCCCAUAGCUAAUACUAGGUUUAUGAUCUUUUCAAUGGACAGUAUUUAGAUAAUUUCUUAAUGGUCUUGCUUUUUCUUGUAGUGUCAUUAAUAUUAAUCCCGUGGAUUGAUACUGCUCUAAAUGUGUUUAUGCUAAAGUUGCUUUUCUCUUAACAGUCUGAAAGCAAAACAGUAAUUCACCUCAACAAUGAGCAAAGUAGAAACUGUGUCAGUAAUAGAGGACUCAACACUUUUGCCAUUGAAGUAGCAUCCAACUCCAUGAUGGUAAUUGCAUCUAUUUAUUUAAGAUAUGUAUAUUCUGCCUUUUGACCUGCCUUUUGACCUGUCAGGGUCCAAAGGGCAGCUUAAAACAGCAAAUGUAAUAAAACAAUACCACAAACAAACCAGGGACAAAACUGGUGCUGUUUAAAGCUGUGCAGUAAUACGCUGUAAGCAAAACGUUAUACACAACCAUUUAUGUCCUGUUCUUUAAAAACAUUUUCUUGCAGACUUGAACACGUGAAAAGAAAAAGUGUCAAAUUUUAGGAAAGUCUAGACAACGUGAUAGGCUAGACUUUGAAAAUACAUUUUGUGUCCAUGGCUGGGUAUUGGCAUUCAUCAUAGCCAAAUGUGUACAGUAUUUAUUUCAUGCUGUUGAUAGAUUUGUUUUCCUAUUCUACAAGUUUGCACAAUGCUUUCAAGUACAGGAUAAACUUCAUUUCACCACAUCUUAGAUCUAGAGUUAUACCCAUGGAUCUCACAAUAACAAUUUUCAGUGUUUUCCCCAGUGAACAGCUCUCCAAAGUAAACCCCCAAACUGUUCUCUAAAUGUGGAUGUUUUGGUACAAGAACAGCUGAUGGAGAAACUGCCUCUAGUGUCCAUGCCUGUGCCUUUUUCUGUUCUGUUUCCCUAUUACAUAUGACCCAGCUGUCACUAGUUCCCAGGUAUAGUACUGAGUUUUUGGUAACUAUACUUGAUAAAGCAUUCUCCCUGUUUUUGCCUUGAGGGUUCCCUUUUUGAAAUUUUGUUAGCACAAGUUGCCAGACUCAUUUUUCAGACUUUCGCUCCCUUCACGGAGUCACUAGAGUUCAGUCACUUUGUGGGAAUGAAUGCAUAUUACCCAUAGUGCACAUCCACUUAAAUGCAUGCAUAUGAGCAUUGAGUGCACAGCCCGCCAUUUCACACAUUGCAGCCGCAGAGGUAUAUUUUGAAUGGCUUGUCACAUAUUGUAGAGCAGUUAUGUUUCUCAUGCUUUUCAUUAACCAAAAGUCUAGGCUUUUUCACAAUAGUCUAUCAGGGUUUUCACAAUGUGUAAUAAUGGAGGGAAAGGAUGCUUGGCCAGUAAUCCUCAGUGGGUGGAAUCCGCUUGGUCUUCCUUGUGCUUUUGCUCUAGUUGGAAGUGUCACUAAUGGAGGGAAGGGGUGAUUUUUGCUGAUUUCCUUCUCCCCCCAGCAGUUCCCAAUGCUUCCUCAAAAAUAUGGUAAUUAUGUAGAAUUCUAGAGGUAAAUCUCUAGCGUAUUUACAAAAGUCAAAACAUAGAUGUAAUUCUAUAACUAGUUACAGGGGAAGUGUGGGAUAAACAUUCAAAUCAAGAAAAAUAAAUGGGAUGUGUGUGUUAAUAUAUCCUAGGUAACUAUCGACACUUUCCAUAGUCCUUGCACAAUACAAAUCAUUUUUCUCUUGAAAUUGUUAUUUCCUUUUUCUGCUUUUUGUAUGCAGGUCUGUCAGCAUGUGAUGCCACAGAAUGAGCAAGAAGAAUGGAUAUACAGCUGUGUUUAUUCUAUCUUGACUUAAGCUAUCAUAGGUAGGAAAUGGCAUUCUCUUGGUCCUUGUAGAAAAGAUUCAAUCUUACGCUACACGUUGAUACAUGGAUGGCUUGAUUUAUCUCAUCAUUUUUAAAACCAAGAAUCUGUUCCUCAUUUUAGAUUAUUGUGGUUAUCUUUUCAAGAAUCUAUCACAAAUCUUCAGCCUUUGCCUUUCUGUACAGUUUCAUACAUAAGCAGGGGACUUAACAGAGGUGGCCUGAUCCAAAAAACAUGUUCUAAUAUUCCUAGACAUUUCUGUGCAUAAAGACAAACAUCAGAGUGCAAUAUGAAGAUGAUGCCUCACAUCAAAGUUUCUUCGCUCCACUUUCAAAACUGCAGCUUUCUGUGAUUGCAAAGCUGGCUGUGGCCUUUUAUCUGGGAUUUGGGUCUGAAAUGGUCAAUCAUGCAUUCAUAAUCUUAAACCUGUACUAUUGCUGCAUGUUUGUGUACAACUGGUCAUGAAGACUCUGCAAAAACUGCACCUGCAGGUCCACCUCAUUCUCAGCCUUGUGAAUAAUACAAUCAGUGCAUUGUCUGUAGCAUCCAUUGUCUGUGCUAUCCUUCCUGUAGGUGAUGGACUUGGCCUACAGAGCCCUUGAUAGCUAAAAUCCAUGAUAUUUUAAAUAUUAACCCCUCAUAUUACAAUGUCUAAGAUAUACCAAGAGGGUCCAGUUGAUUAUGGCAAGUAUGUGAGGAGUAUAUAGAAUGAAUUUACAGAGCAAUAUUUGCAAUGGCUCAUCCACAAAAAUUAACUUAAAUUUUUGAAGAGUAGCCAAAACCUGAGUUUGCCAUCUUUUGGAAGCAAUGUGAAAACAUUUUAAUUGUUCUGGCUUUGGGUGGUGAGAAUUAAUACAACAAUAAGCAAUAUUUAGCAUGACUAUUUUUAUGACAGUCUUAAUAUGUGGAAUCUAUAUAUAUGAGAAGUUGCUUUUUCCAAGCUCUAUUCCUUGCUCUAAAUUGGAUUGGGGUAUGAGAAUUGUAAACUGGCAUAAGCUUGCUCACCUGAGCUGUAAUAAACCAGGCUGUGUGCACUUUUAUCAGUUCUUCCCCUCCAUUCUAAAGAGUACCUCCAUUCAGGGUGGGACCAGACUGUUGGUGCUUAAACUAAAGAAGUAGCAAAGUGGCUUUUGAACUGAUUGGGGAAAGCCAACAGGAGCUGAGAAGUAUUGGCUUAGGAUAAAACAUCCCUAAGAGAUGUGUGUGAAAAUGUUUGAUUGUCCAAAUGUGAGAGGAUGAUACCAAAUGCCAUAAGGUGAAAGGCAUGUGCCAGAGGCAUUUGGAAAAAGAGAGCUGGCAUAGGUGUUUAUAUGCUCAUGCUAGAGAUUGGCUAGAAUAAAGAUGGGUGGACUGGAGUGCUUGGUUUUAAAGGAGAGCAAGGAAUACAGAGAGCACAAUGGAAAUGUGGUAGGCAUGGUAUGAGAUACGAACACUAUACAGUGGAUAGGGAAGGGCAUACUGGAGGUGGUGUUGCUCUGUACCUCAGUGAUUUUGAGUCAAGCAAACUAGAAAUCCCCACAGGGCAGACUCCUUCAUGGAAUUCCUGUGGGUGGCAAUACUGGGCCCAAGAGUAAUAUAGGAAUGCAGGAAUGCAAACUUUGCCACACACACACACACACACACACACACAGGAAAAAAGUAUCAGGCAGACAAUCCAAGAUGCAAAUUAAUAAUUCAAGGAGCACAUCAUUAAAGCAUUAAGAUCAACAAUAAAUAAUUUUACAAAUUACCUAAAAAGACAACAAAAUGAUCUGGACUCCUUGGCAGGUUUUGAAUAAGCAUCCACAAAUUUAUUAGUUGAACACAUGAUAGAUAAGGCAAGGAUAUGUACAAUUUUAUAACAUGCAGAGAGCAAUAUGUGCAAAGAAAUCAGAGGGGAGCUGAUGGAAGUCCUUGGUGGGGGGGAGUGGGAGGGAUGGGGAGGAAAAAAGGGGGGAAAUAAUGUAAUUGACUAUUUGGACUGAUAAUUUGUUAUGUUGAAAUUGUUUAAUAAAAAUAUAUUUUUUAAAAAAGAUCAACAAUAAAUAAUAUUGAAUACAUGAAAGGAGGAAAGCAGCUAGAGAGGCGGUUCAACUGUUGGAUGACAAAGGAGUCAAAGACAUGCUAAAGGAGGAAAAGGAGAUUGCAUAGAUACAAAGAAUUCAAUCUUGAAUGCAAACAAUGUAAGAGAUCCCUGUGCUUUAGCUAACUUUCUAAGGAAUGGAAUCUUGGGAACUGAAAUAAACAGUGGUGACAAGAGAUGAAAUUCUAGACUUUAUUGAUGAAAUAAAAACUGCCAAAUCAGCUGAUCCAUAGGGCAUCCAUCCAUGAGAAAAAUUAAUGUCUGUCAUGGGAAAACUGGUGGAAAGCAUUGUUAUAGCUAGGAUUGCCAAGCAUAUGGAAGAAUAAGUCUUGCUGAAGGAGAAACAGCAUGGGUUCUGCAGGGGGUUAGUCUUGUCUAACUAACCUUUUAGAGAUCUUUGAGAUGAUAACACACUGAGC